UGUGUGAAAAAAGAAAAGUGUGGGGAAAAGAGCCUAUAGUUGCAUGUAUUGUUAUGUGUCUCCGGAGUCAAUCGCCCUUGCUGCUCUGCGUGAAUUCAGAGCGAUAGAAAGCGAGAUGAAGGCUGCAAUAUCGAAUAGUAUAAAAGAUAAGAGUUGCGUACGCGUCGUUCGCCCAGAUACGGAGGAGGAAUUGAAGGCUUACCGCCUUGCCGCGACGGAAUAGUACAUACAUACGUACAUACAUACACUGACGUGUGCAUACGUAAAUUGACAAUACGUAACUCGGCUAACCGCAAACGCUUCGAAGGUUAGAGACUAGGCGUUGGGCUCACAACCUGAGGGCGGAACAUCGGCGGCGCUUCGCAGGGCCGAGAGCGGGAGGCGCUCGUUCCUGCUCUUGGAUCACCUCAAUCAAUGGAAUUUGUCAGUAGCGUAUUCUAUAACUUUCCGCGUUCAAAGAUGGGACAAACAUUGAGCGAACCUGUGACUGCCAAGGAGUCUGCCUGCUGCAGGGACGCCAACUACAGGGUCGGGAGCUCCUGCAUGCAAGGAUGGCGCGUCAACAUGGAGGAUUGCCAUGUACAUAUUCUCUCUCUGCCCAAUGAUCCUGGAACUGCCUUUUUCGCCGUUUACGACGGCCACGGAGGUGCUAAAGUCGCGCAAUAUGCAGCCAAGCAUCUGCACGAGUAUAUAACUAAACGAACCGAAUAUCAGACUGGUAAUGUGGUAGAGGCAAUGCAGCAGGCGUUCUUAGAAUUGGAUAGAACAAUGCAGUAUGACACGGUACUCAAGGAAGAACAGGCGGGGUCCACUGUAAUUGCUCUCCUCAUCAAGGACAAUAUUCUCUAUAGUGCAAAUGCAGGUGACAGUCGAGCAGUUGCGAGCGUUGGUGGAAAAGCCGUACCCCUCAGCAAAGACCACAAGCCUUACUUAAGGGCUGAACGCGAGAGAAUCGAAGCUGCAGGUGGAUGGGUUGAGCUGAACAGGGUAAAUGGGAAUCUGGCUUUGUCACGGGCUCUUGGAGACUUUGUAUUCAAGCGCAACAACAGCAAAAGUCCGCAGGAGCAGAUUGUCACUGCUUACCCGGAGGUACAGCGGCACCAAGUGACUACAGACUGGGAAUUUGCAAUCGUGGCCUGUGACGGUAUCUGGGAUGUAAUGACUAACGAGGAAGUAGUAGAUUUUGUAAGAAACCGGCUUGCUCAAGGGUUGCAAAACGGUUCCGACGACGAGGGAAGUAUGGUGGAUCCUGAAGAAGUCUGCGAAGAAUUAAUGAGCCACUGCCUGGCACCAGAUACUCAGAUGGGCACAGGCUGCGACAAUAUGACUGUAGUGCUGGUGUGUUUUUUACACGGGAAACCAUACUCUCAUUUAGUUGCGCGGUGUAAACAACCUGCAAACCUAAAUGCAUAGCUAGUCUUCAUUUUAUUUAUUUUACUAUUAUUUUGUUUGAAAUUUUUUUGUUAAUCAUUGAAAAAAUGUUCGUACUUUAUAUCAAUCAUAUUAUUAAUAUUACUACGUAUUGAUAAUUAUUGCUAACGCUACUUUUUUGGCGAUUCAAUUGUACAACAACUCGAUGAGUCUUAUAAAUAUUUUUAUACGUAGAAAAAGCAAUUUACGCACUCACGUCUUACUAU